AUGUCCUUCAGUCUCUCCUCGCUGCUCAACCCGGAGCCAGCACAGUCCGACGAAUCCUCUACCACUAACAAUCACCCACGCAAGACGUCUCUUCCAGCACCACAAUAUGCCCAUUCACCCGAACAAGAACAAGAUAACGCGCCGCUCUCACGCGUCGCGUCCGCGCCCCAGACCAACUACGCCGCCGAUCCCAACUCGGCUCAGACCGCCGCGGAAGCACUAGCCAAACUCGCCGCCAGCACCGUCCCUCCUCCCACACGCUGGUACGGCCACAAAGCAUCAGAUAUAACCACCGAGUCAAUGCGGCCAGAUGAGCGACGAUUGAGCAGUAGUCACGGUAUAGCUGUGGAGCUUCCUCCACCCACACCCACCGCCGCCCGCAAAGCUAGUAGUCCCACGCUUGAGCAGUAUCAAGUCGCAUCCAGGUCGCCCGAUCAGCGGAAACAUUCACUAGCCACCGCGCCACAGCCUGCGCUCACUCUGCCUCCAUUGCAGAAUAUCACGAAACCCGAGGAGGAGCGUCGGCCGUCAAUGGCACAGAAUUCGCGCGGACAGAAAGAGGGUGUUGAUAUGACUUCUUCAGCUCACCAGCCGAGUGCGAGUGUGUAUGCGAAUGAGUCGUUGCCAGUGAUGGGAUCGAGUGAUGUCGUGAUGGAAGAGAAGGCACUUUCGCCGGCGAAGGUGAACAUGGGUCCUUCCCAGCUUGAUGGAGCAGAUUCGUCACCACCACGAGUCAAGACUGAGAACAUAGCAACACCGCGCACGUCUCCUCCUGCGGAUGCUAGGCGUCCUUCGCUGGCUCAUCUCGAUGCAGAAGGCCACACACCCAAGGCACUGGCUUCCCUCAAGCACGAGCACAGUGUCAACACCCAGUCACCCCUGCGAGAAUCAUCCGUACCCAUGCCAUCCACCGAGCCCACCGCGAACGAGCCAACGGCAUCGAAGAAGCGGCCAGCACCGUCCAAGAAGAAGGGCAUGGCGACCAUGACCAAGAAGACCAUACCACCAGCCAAGAAGCGCAAGCUCGAUAUCAAGCGCUCCGAGACACCAGCCUCCCGGACAUCCAAAGCAGCUGGGCUCAAGACCGGCAGCAGCAAGGGCACACCCGCCAAUUCCUCCCCAGCACCCUCCGCCCGCUCCAACUCCGCCGAUCCCGAGGACGAAUACGGCUCCGAAGAAGAGGCGGACGAAGAUGAAGAUGUCGAGGGGUCAGGGGAUGUGUACUGCAUCUGUCGCAAACCAGACAACGGGACAUUCAUGAUUGGUUGUGAUGGCACCUGUGACGACUGGUUCCAUGGGAAAUGUGUGGAUAUUGCCGAGAGGGAUAAGAACCUCAUUGACAAAUAUCUGUGUCCGAGUUGCACGAAAGCGGGGAUUGGCCGCACGACAUGGAAGAGGAUCUGCAGACGAUCGGGAUGUAGGCAGCCUGCUCGCGUUAGUAAGAUGAAAGGCGAGAAGGUUCCGAGUAAAUACUGCUCGGACGAGUGUGGGGUUUUGUUCUUUCGGGAGAUGGCUUCCAAGACUAGAGAUCGGGAUGAUGUGGCCCGGCACAGGAGCAGGAGGAGGAAGGGCAGUAUCGCCAGCUCUGGCACUGUUCCGGAAGAGUCUUUGGGUGCGAGGGGAGGAACGCUGGCCGCGGGCGAGGUCAAGGGUCUGCUCGAUGUGUCGAAGACGGCGGAGGACUUUAAGAAGCUGGGGGAGGGCGUGCUUAGUCCUCCCGCUACUCCUGAUGGCAAGGACGGUACCCAGGACAAUGGCGAAAAGAGUGAUGCGGUGGAGGAGUUUACGGAGGGGGAACAGAAGACUUUGGUGCGAAUCAGCGAGCAGAAGGAGGAGGCGAGACGCAGACAUCGGUUACUGAAGGACCGCAUGAAGUUUAUUACUUUGGCCAAGCAGGCUGCUAGUCGCAUGGCGACGGAGAAGGAACUCAAGCCGAAGGAGUAUUGUGGGUACGAUCCGAGGUUGGAGUGGACGCUCGAACAAUUCGCCGAGUGGAGGCAUAGUGUGGCGGGUCGGAGGGCUUUCGAGCGCGAUACCCUGGCCGUGGAGAACAGCGGCUCUACAGGCAAAGCUAAUGGCGAUACGACGAACGGAGAGCAUGUCACGGACUCGGAAAUGGUCAACGGGACCGACGUUGCAGCGAAAGACGCCGACGACGAAGAACUCUACGCCACCCUCCAAGUCUGCGAGCGUAAGAAGUGCGCGAGGCAUCUGGAAUGGAAUAAAUUGGCGGUCGAUGAUGUGAGGUUUGAGAUGGGGGAUAAUUCUGAUAAGAUGAGGGGGCUUGAUAGGGAGGAGAGGAUGUUGAAGGAGGGUGCGGUGAUGAGGGGGAAGCAGGGGGGGAAUGUUAUGGGUGGGGGGAGGGUGGAGGUCUAUGGGUUGGGGAUUGAAGGGUUGGUGGAGGCGGAUGAGGGGCGGGAGGGGAAUGUGGAUGUGGAUGGUGUGGUGCAGCAGGGGGUGGAGGUUGGUAGGACUUCUGCUGAGGCGCCUGUUGGUACGGAGCCGAAUCUGGCGGCGACAGAGGGCGGCGAUAUGGUCAUUGACGGCGUCAGCGCCGUUGUCUAA